CUUGAGCGUGAGCUGAUGGUAGAUCAUGAGGUCCCUUUGCAAGCUGGGCCCGACUGUCUCUUUAAUCCAACUUGUCCUCUGCUUGAUAGUUUCUUUGAAAGGAGCCAUGGUCACAUUAUAGACUUAAAUUCUGCAAGCCUUCAGAGUGAGGAGGCAAUGAUCAAUCUGAGCGUACGUCGCUGGACGCCCAAACACGUCGCCAAGUGGUUGAGGGAAGAGGGCUUCUGUGACUAUGUAGACCUGCUGUGCAACAAACACCGACUAGACGGCACCAGCCUGCUCGCCCUUAGUGAAUAUGACCUCCGCUCACCGCCGCUGGAGCUCAAGGUGCUGGGCGACAUCAAACGGUUAAUGGUGUCCAUCCGCAAACUACAGAAACAGAACAUUGACGUGUUGGAGGAGCUGGGUCUUCCCUUUGACGGCCACUCUCCGACAGGCUCCGGAGGCAGUUUGGACUGGCUGUGUAAUGGAGACCCAGGCAGAGACUGUGACAGCACUGACACAGCACCAGUGGGAGAGGAGUAUCACCAGUACACUAAUGGGAAGUACAAGCAGCAGACGAGGCGCCUGGAUCCAGAGUACUGGAAGACAGUGCUGAGCUCCAUCUACGUUGUGUUUGUGUUUGGCUUCACGUCCUUCGUCAUGGUCAUAGUGCAUGAGAGAGUGCCUGACAUGCGCACUUACCCUCCACUGCCAGAUAUUUUCCUCGACAGUGUGCCUAGAAUACCUUGGGCCUUUGCAAUGGCCGAAGCGUGUGGAGUGAUCCUUUGUAACAUCUGGGUGCUGGUUCUUCUGCUCCAUAAACACAGGUCCAUCCUUUUGCGGCGCAUGUGCAGCCUCAUGGGGACGGUGUUCAUGCUGCGCUGCAUCACCAUGUUUGUCACCUCGCUGUCUGUGCCGGGACAGCACCUGCAAUGCUCAGGAAAGAUGUACGGGGACAUGUGGGCCAAACUGCAGCGAGCUGUGGCCAUCUGGAGCGGUUUUGGGAUGACCCUGACUGGAGUGCACACAUGUGGUGACUACAUGUUCAGCGGCCACACUGUGGUUAUUACCUUACUCAACUUCUUUGUCACAGAGUACACCCCACGAAGCUGGAACUUCAUUCACACAUUGUCCUGGGUCCUAAAUCUCUUCGGGAUCUUUUUCAUCUUGGCAGCACAUGAACACUACUCCAUCGACGUGUUCAUAGCGUUCUACAUCACUACCAGACUCUUCCUGUACUACCACACUCUAGCCAACACUCGAGCCUACCAGCAGAGUCGAAGAGCUCGUAUCUGGUUCCCCAUGUUCUCCUUUUUUGAGAGCAACGUCAACGGGCCCGUCCCCAACGAAUACCGCUGGCCCUUCUCUAGGCCUGCUGUGAUGAGGAGGCUUAUUGGAUAAAGAACAGCAGCAGCGCUACUGUCAGACACGUCUUAGCCUGUGCUGUUUAGUCUGCUUUGUCAAGUUGCCAACUGAGGCGGUGUGUGAUAUCUUCAUCAAUAAAGACUACUGUUGUGAUCCUGUUAGCAGAGGUCUGAUGGGAUACACAGAGCCAUACCCUCUUAUUUUUCUGGGACUUAUCUUCAAACCUGAUUCCCCCGUCACCAUUUUAAGGAGGAUUAAACAAAAUCCACAAAAACCCGUCAGAAUUUCUCAAAAGCCCCAUCAAGACACUUUGGUUGGUUCAAAACGUGAACAUGUGUCUCAUCUUUGGUUACUUAUUUCUCCUCAAAAGGGAUUUUAUUUUAUGUAGCAUUAACUGCAUUUUUCAGUUCCUCCCAACUUAAAGGGAUAAUUCAGAUUUUUUUAAAGUGAGGUUGUAUCAGGUACUGAUCCAUAGUCAGUGUAUUACCUACAGUAGACGGUGGUAAGUAGUCCCUAGUUUGGAGAAGCAAAAUCAAUAUCAGUUUUGGAAUGUGGUAUAUUUAUAAUAUUUUCACGGCCAUCAAGACAGCACUUUCUCACGGGGAACUGAAGCCAUGAAAUCCAUCUAAUCUCUCUUCAAAGCAACCAAACUCCUUUGAAAUAACAGUAAUUUUCCCUCACAAAACAUUGGAAUUUCUGUUCUACCGCUGCCUCAAUCAGUAAGUUUGUUUAUGUAAUUGUCUGACUUUGGAGCACAAUACAACACAGUAAACUCAUCUAUUGAGGCAGUGGUAGACCAAGGAGUGUGAGGUAAAAUUACUGUUUUGUCAAAGGAGUCUGGUGGCUUUGAGAGAGAUUAGAUCGAUAUCAUGGCGUAAGUUCCCCGUGAGAAAGGGCUGUCUUCUGGCAAGGCAAAGCAGUGAAAAUAUGAAAAAUAUAGCAUUAGCUUUUUAGCAUUAAAAAGCAGAUUUUUUCUGUUUUUAGGUGGCUAAAAUAAGUUUAAAAAAAUGUGUUGUCGCCACCGUCCACAGCAGUAGUUUUAUGUACCUCAUGCGCUGAUACUCCUUUGCUCAUGUGCUGGUACUCCAGCUGGUACCAGGUACUUCCAGAAACUUCCAUGUUUUGUGAGGUAAAAUUACUGUUUUGUCAAAGGAGUCUGGUGGCUUUGAUGAGAUCAUGGAUGAUUUAUUUUUAGGUAGUUAAAAUUUGUUUUGCUGCCACAAAAGUAAGUUGCUUAGCUUCCAUGCUGGUACUCCUGCAUGCUUUUCCAAACCGGAGGCAUGCCGACUGCCGUCUACUGUAGUUAAUACCCUGACUAUGCAUAACCACCUGCACAA